AAAGAUGGCGGAACUCCCGGCGGCGGCAGAUGUUUAGCCUCUGAGAGAGGGGCAAAUAAAAGGCAAAAACCUGGUUGCUCCGGUUAAUUGUCAGCGGCUUUUUUCUCUCUCCACAUAUAUACAUAUAUAUGCGUAAAAAUUCCUGGAGGGUAAAACGCCGAGCAGCGACGAGAGAGAGAGAUGUUUGUCAAACCUUUUCGUGUCAAAUCGAACACGGUCAUCAAAGGAUCGGACAGGAGGAAACUCAAAGCACAGGUGGUGUCUCUUUUCCCUUCGCUGUCCGGUCAUCAAUUAUCUCAACUUGUACCAAACAAGGAGGAGCUGAAUGUCGUGAAAAUCAAUUCACAUAAAGGCGAUGCAGUUACGGUGUUCGUCCUCAAUAGGAAUCCCAUCUUUUUUGAGGUGGAGAAACGGCUUUACCCAACAGUAUACACCUUGUGGUCUUAUCCUGAUUUGAUGGCUGCAGUUACCACAUGGCCUGCGGUGUUGGAGAAGCUUGCUGGAGGAGCAGAUCUCAUGUUACCCGGAGUAGUUGUGCCACCUUCUGGACUUCCUGACAUACUGCAGGGGGACCUUUGCGCCGUUAACCUUGUUGGAAGCAGAGCCCCAAUUGCCGUAGGCCUGGCCUGUAUGACAACAGCACAGAUGGUUGCAGCAAGAAUGAAGGGAAAGGGUAUCUCUGUCUUCCACACCUAUCACGAUCAGUUAUGGGCAUUUGGAGAAAGAAGUAGCCCCCCACUCAUUGCCCACAAGUUUUGUGAUCUUGGGGAGUCAGGAGAUCAGCUGGAAGUGGAGGAGGAGGAAGAGAGAGAAUUGUCUUUAAACGGAAUUAACAGUGGAAAUGAAGAAGCACCGAGAGACCUUAUGGAGGGUGAUAUACCAGAUGUUACAGAGGAUGAUGUCCCAGAUGUGCAUAAGCUAUGUUUGAACGCUGAAACUGAAUCGGAAGGUUUAAACUCUGGGACAGAUCGAGUAGGCGACUGUGAAACUUGUGCCAUCGACCCGGAUGGGGCUACGGAUAAUGCCACAGUUCAUCAAGAGAAUACAGAAGACACAGGAGCCACACAGGAACAGAUGGAUGAGCUGCUAUUGCAGUGCUUCCUUCACGCUUUAAAGUUUAAGGUGAAGAAAGAAGACCUGCCACUACUGACUAGCACGUUUCUGAGGAAUCGUAUGUAUCCUUGCUGCCCAGAAGGCAGACAAUUAGACAUUAAAAAAUCAAGUUAUAAGAAGCUCUCGAAAUUUCUCCAGUCCAUGCAGCAACGGCAGAUGCUGAAGGUGGACGAACUCUCCAAGGGCGUUGAGGGCAUCGUCAGCGUGAACUGGAAGCACGUGGACCUCAAGUCGUUCUGUGUCCCCGAAACAUGCACCACUGAAGAUGCAGCGAAGGUUGACGAUGGGGACAGCGAGAGCGUCUACCAGCCUCCAGAAUUCAAUUUCUACUACACCAUUCCCUCCAAACUGUUCCCCCUGUUUGAGCAUGCAGGGCUCAAAAGAGGUGCCACCCUGACCCAUGAAGACAUAAGAAGCAUCGUCAUAAAUUACGUCAAGUCCAAUGAAUUGAUGGACGACUGCAAUAAAAAUUAUGUGAUCAUUAAUCCUGUCCUCUGUGACUGCCUAUUGGAGAAGUCUGAGUAUCACACUGUAACUAAGCUAAAAUGGGAUGACUUCUUUGCCAGGUGCUUCAAGAGGCUCGAUCAAUGCCACGAGGUGGUUUUCCCUGGACAGAGACCGAUCAUUCGAAAGGGCAGCAUAGAACCGAUUGAUAUUAAUAUAGAUCGGGCUUCAAACAAGAAGGUGACUGUUGUCAAAAACCUUGAGCUGUUUGGCUUGGACCUCCAGAUGGUGAAGAUUGCCCUUCAGCGAAGAGCUCAGGCCACUGUAGCUGUCAAGCAAACUCAUGGAAAGGAUAAGUGGAUACUUUGGGCUCAAGGGAACCAGAUAGCUCAUGUUGGCAAGCUGUUGUUAGAAGAAUACAGAAUUCCUCAGAAAUAUAUUAAAGGACUGGAAAAGGCGCCCAAAAAAAAGUGACACUGCGUUUGAAUUCAGCUGUGAGAGAUCCAUCAGAAUCAUGAACAACUACCAGAUGUCUUUUCUUUAAGAAAUUUAAUAUAAAACAUUCUUCAGGUACAAAAUAAACUUUGCUGAACCACCAAUUAAAAAGAGCAUAUAUGAACAGUA